AUGCCGUACAUUAGAUUGGAGAAUAUGGUCCUUGAACGAGCUGAUGAGGGCUCGGGUGACUCUAUUGCUGCCUUCGAAAAUGGUCAAGCCAAUGGCUCUUCUGACGGCCAGACGCCACCUCGCAUUACAAUCUUAAUCACAACAGUAAUAGCUGUUAUUGUUGUUGGUGUAUCACUAUUUUGGUUUGUUAGAUGGCGAAGCAAGAAAUCCCGAUACCGUUCAACAUUUACACGGCGUCAAGCUUCAACCAGAACAGGAAAAUCGGAAGUAAGCCAGGCAGGAAAAGGAUCAAAAGCAGUUGCAAACCCAAAAGCCGGCUUGGACUGGAACCCGGAAUCAACAUUCGCAAAGCCGUCUGCGCCAAAACCAUACAUCAAACCAUACACACACUCACAGGGAAUGCUGUCAUCGUCAAGCAUACGGAAAUUCUGGCAUAACUCCAUGGCAGGAAGUCGACCUCCGAAGCUCCAUGUCAGGGCGAACCCCUCUGCGAGCACAGAGAAUGAACUGGAAGGACUAUCUACACACCACCGAGAGGACAGCGGCGGCAACCCUUUGCUCCGUGAAACCAUAACGGAAAUCGAUAAGCCGCCAAAAAUCUUCCCGAGAGUGCAGAGUACUCAGUCAUCGUCCAUUUUCCAUCUAGAUCGACAGUCUAUGGGGGAUAGACCAAUAUCAACUUCUACCUUUGACCGGAAUUCCCGCAGCAUACCCACCACACAAACAGGACCGAUGGUAUCAAAGUAUCCAUGGUCGGUAACAACGCAGCUUACCCCUAUCGAACCAUCAUACAACUCCAUGACAUUCUUCAACAACCGGGAGUCCUACGGUGACAGCGUCCGGGACAUCGAGACAGGUCCGACGACCACGGCAGGUCGGCCACGCUCGCACCCUUACAACAAGUAG